AUGGCCAGCACCGGUUCGGACGUGGAGCUCCUGCUGGAGGACCAGCGCCCGGAGCACCGCAGCUUCGCAUUUCCGCGGCGUGUGGCCUUGGCGCUGGGCUGUGUGGGGCUUGUGACGAUUGGCGUCCUGGCACGUGGCGGAACCCGUGGCCUCCGCAGCAAGUCGGGUGCUUUCGUGGUCUUGGAUGCCAUGGCAGACUGCUUCGAGGCUUCCACCUACUACAGCAGCCCGAUCAAGAUGGCUGGAACGGAAAGGACCAGCGAGGUGACGCAGGAGGCUUGCCAACAGCGUUGCCUUUCCGUUGACGGGUGUGCGCACUUCACCUUCUGGCCUGAUGGGGGCUGCCUGUUGACAGAUGAGUCAUCAGUUGCUUCACCUGCCCCGGAGAAGCAUGCGGAGACGGUAUCCGGACCACCAUACUGCGGGGAGAAGCCGGCAGCUGUGGAAACCGAUGUUGGCAUUGACGCUGAAGAUGGGGAGGAGAAGGCAAGUGUUGAGACUCCUACACUUGCUCCGGUUCCCACCGUGGCGCCCAUUCCUGGCAUCAACGGCACGACCUGUGCCAAGUACCCUGCCUGUGUUGCUCACGGAAUCGAGGAGGGGAAUUGCUGCCCCAACGAUGAUAACGUGGCACUUGGUUGCUGCAUGGGAUUUCCACCAGUGGUCGCCGCGCCGAAGAUCGCCGCUGGGCGCUUGCUGCCCGACUCCCGAUGGUACACGCCUGGGCUGCUGCGCGUGGGAAAUGGAUCAGGAGACAACUGGAGAGUGCAGCUUAUCAAGAAUAAGGCUUCUGGCAAGCUUUUCGCGAUGAAGCGUGUGCAGCAAAACAAGCACACCUCCGCCGAGCUGGCUGUUUUCAAGGUUCUCGACAAUCCGUACAUCGUCCGCCUCUACAACAUUCUCCGGGACGAUGAGGAAGAGGACGAGGUACUGUUUUUUGUCAUGGACUAUUGUGCCGGCGGGGAUCUGAUGAUGUGGAUGAAGCUCCGGGAGCAGCGCUUGGUCGGCGGUGCACCAAAGACGUAUAGGCCGGGCUUAGGGUUUAGGGUUUAG